GCUCCUCCUCCUGCGGGGGCGGGAGGCGUGGAGCCGCCGAACGACGGCAGCGGGGCCGUUGCGGGGGAUCAUGGCGCCGCUGAGGGACUGCAAGGCCUGGCAGGAUGCUGGACUUGUCCUGUCCACUACUAGCAAUGAAGCCUGUAAACUAUUUGAUGCUGCACUGACCCAGUAUGCAACCUGGACCAAUAAUGAGAGCCUCGGAGGUAUUGAGGGAUGCAUCUUGAAGUUAAAAGCAGCAGAUCCAAAUUUUACAAUGGGACAUGUCAUUGCUAAUGGUUUGGAGCUGAUUGGCACUGGAAGCUCAGUGCGACUCAGCAAAGAGCUGGACAGUGCGAUGAGAACAAUGAUGACGCUUUCAAAAUCACAGCCACUGACUGAACGGGAGAAGCUUCAUGUAUCAGCGCUGGACAUGUUUGCCAGUGGUCAGCUUCCAAAAGCUUGUGAUCUAUGGGAACGGAUUCUGCAGAGCCACCCAACUGACCUGCUAGCCCUCAAAUUUUCCCAGGACACUUAUUUCUACCUGGGAUAUCAGAUACAGAUGCGAGAUUCUGUUGCCCGGGUUUAUCCUUUCUGGACACCUGAUAUUCCACUGAGCAGCUACGUGAAGGGCUACUACUCUUUUGGACUCAUGGAAACAAACUUUUUCGAUCGUGCUGAGGAGCUUGCCCGUGAGGCUUUGGCUAUAAAUCAGACAGAUGCCUGGUCUGUUCAUACUAUAGCUCACGUUAAUGAAAUGAAAGCAGAUGUGAAGAAAGGGUUAGAAUUUAUGAAGGAAACGGAAGCCAACUGGAAGGACAGUGAUAUGCUUGCUUGCCAUAAUUACUGGCACUGGGCUUUAUACUUUAUUGAAAAGGGUGAAUAUGAGGCUGCUUUGACAAUUUAUGACAAUCAUAUUGCUCCCCGGUGUCUGUCAAGUGGAAGCAUGCUGGAUGUAGUAGAUAACUGUUCGAUGCUGUACAGGCUUCAUCUGGAAGGUGUAAAGCUUGGAGACAGGUGGAACAGUGUUCUCGAGCUUACAAAGCAGCACACCAAAGAUCACAUUCUUCUGUUCAAUGACGUACACAUCCUGAUGUCCUCACUUGGAGCCAAAGACCACAAAGCUACUGAUGAGCUUUUAACAACUCUUCAGGAACUUGCAAAAGCACCUUGUGAAGACCAUGAGCUUUCCCUGGCUCCUAGUUUGGGGUUGCCACUGUGCCAGGCUUUUGUAGAGUUUGAAAAUGGAAAUUGUGACAAAGCUGUAGACCUGCUGUACCCAAUCCGUUAUCAGCUAAUCCAAAUAGGAGGCAGUAAUGCUCAGAGAGAUGUUUUCAGUCAGUUAUUGAUUCAUGCCGCUUUGAAUUCUAAAUCACAAGCCAAACAAAACCUUGCAAGGUGCCUCUUGAGAGAACGUGAUGCGAUGAGACCAAAUUCACCAAUGACAGAGCGACUUAUUAGGAAGGCAGCAGCCGUUCAUUCAAUGGCAUAAGGCUUUCCACUGUGCUUCAGCUGAGAUAGCAAUAAGCUUACCAGUCAGAGUCUGGGUGCAGGGCGUGGAGGGGUGCUAUGCUAUAAACCAUGCUAGAGAAUCACAGUAGGUAUCCUACGAGUCGGAUCUGAGAAGAAGGUAACCUGCUGAUAAUGCACAGCUUUCUGAAGCAUCCUGGGACACUGCUUUUCUGGUAUAUUUUCCUGGAAAUUCCCUCUGACCCUGUAUACAGCACAAUAACAGUGCCUGCAUCUCAGUCAUUCAUUGGCCCAGUUUGUUACCUCAUUAAUACAUUAAAUAAUCAGGAAACUGCUCAGGUAAUUCAGACAGACCUUUUAAACAUAGCUAGUAGGAAAGUAUGUGGCCAGACCCAAUACAGGCAUAAACUGAAUUCUGUAUCAAGCUUCCAGUCCAUUCAGGCAUGAGUCACAGACUCUGGCAUUACAGUUCUGUCUGCAUUCAGGAUCUCUUUCCAGGUACAUGUUUUUAAACUCCCUCUCAUAAAAUGUUAAAAUUUUUCCUUUCAGUAUAGCACCUCAGAGCUCUCUGAAAUUACUAUGUGAAUGAAACAAGGCAUGAAGGAUAAUAGCUGCCUGCGACUAUUCUAACACAGGUACUCCCUUGGCACUUCUAAAUUGUUCAGAAAAAAAAGAAAAAAGCCUGGGUUUCAGCUAAAGCCAUACCACCUCUGAAUGGUAGUUUGGACUGGCGUCUUUGUGCUUACCUGAGCUUUUGGAAAGUCAGGCCUUAACUGCCAUCUCAAUAGCACAGAGUCCCUACAUGUUAGCAAAGCAGAGUUUAAAACCAAUGUUAGAGCGUGCACUUUACAGAGGUAUCUCAGAGCACGUGCAGACUGGAAGGGAGCUUCCACCUUAGAGAGGGAGCUAAGGGGAACUGACACAAAGCUUUGUCCUGGCACAAGCGAUGUGACAAGCUUUGGUGCUGCAGAUGAGGCACGAUGUGAGCUGUGUACUUCUAUGAUGUUCUGGUGCCACUGGAUUCCUGCAGUGUAGCAGAGCUAACAGAUUGUCUUGCACCAGUAAUCCAAGAAAUCCCUAAUGAAGGGAAAGAUGGUAUUUCAAACUGAAACUGAAUUAACACCUCCUCCUCUUCUUCCCGAAUAGCAAUGCCACACUCUUCAGCUGCCCAAGCUCUGGCUUUGGCAUCACAUCUUCAAGCUCUCCUGGACACACACAUGCCUGCCCCUCCUCCCUGUCCAACUCAGGCUCUUUCCCACGUCCCACAGCAGCCCCAUCCCACAUAGUUUCCUUUUGACCCAAAAAAGCACUUUCAUAGCUGCCCCAGAGUUCCUGCAUAGAGGAGUAAGACAUGGAAAGUGCCUUGCUGCUGCCCUUCUUCCUUUCAGAUCUCACCUGAGGAAAAAAUAGUUUAUUUCUAAUUCAAUGAUAAAUUGUGAAACCAGACAAGGGUAUUGCAUCCUUGCCUGCAGCCUUCUGUAUCCUGUGGACAGUCAUAGUUCCCUGUUCUUCAGCUUUAUCACUGCUUUAUCUGUCUAGCCAUGACUGUGAUUGGCUCCCUCUGUGCUAAAGUUAUACUAGAUUUUUACUAUUAUUUCUAAUUGGUGCAUUUCAAGCAAUGUCUUUAGACAGCUAACUUUUUACUCAAUGAAUAUAAUGAUCUUAUUAGGGAACAAAAGCCCGAGAAAUCUCCUGGCUGGCUACGAAGCGUGUAGUUUGUGAUUCAUUGCUAAAAAAACUUAAGAAUUACAUUUGUAGUCCUUUUGAUAUAAUGUGAUUGAGAAUUUUGUCUGCUUUACAUCAAUAAAUUCAAAGGUGUGCUCAGUUGAGCAGUAAGUAUGA